CUUUGCUUUGUAAAUUCUGUGUCUUGAAGUGAAUAUUUUACCAACAGUUCAAAUAAUGAAUACAUUAAUACUCAGGUUAAUUUACUAAUCGGCAUCACGGACUCUUAAGAAUGUAUAUAAGGAGGUGGGCAGUGGCGCGUGCCCAGUGUGAGCUGGAGCAUGUGGCUGGGAAACUCCUCCUCCAGUUCCUCCCCCUCCUCCUCCCCUCCGUCCCGUCUCCCUUCAGUGGUCAGGGGCGCCUCAGAAAGGAGUGGAACAGCAUUAGAACCUCUAAGACAAGGCCCUAGCAGUGGUGGAGGCAGAGAUGAUCACCAGUGAGUGGAGGAAGGAAAGACAAACAAUGAGGUUUGGGAAUAUGACCCUUCCCUCCCCCCCCAAAAAAAAAAAAUAUAUAUAUAUAUAUACGUAGGAAGUCAACGAAAACAAGAGUCAAGUCAAGACAAGGAGUGAAGGACGCCGUCAGAUACAUUUGUGUUGUUGUUUCCCAUCGUGCCGCGUGACAGUCCUAGUGAUCAUGAGUACCUGGGUGUGUGUUUGUGGUGUCUGCAGACUCCCAGUAACCACGUAGGUGACGAAGGAAGUCCUGCGCUCGCUCAGUAUGACCUCCAUUUACUUCACGGAGGGUGGGCUUGAUGCGCAUUGGGGCCGCAGUGACUCCCUCGUGUCUACCGCCAGCAGUAGUGGGGAUUCCGUGUUUGGCUCCAGGCUGGGCUCCCGCUGGGCCCUGCUGGGGGACGACGACGUCUUCCUGCCCGCAACUGUGGCCGUCCCUCGCCCCUGCCUUCCUGACCUUGACCUGAGGUGUCCACGAGACGAGGACAGCGGCAGCGUGGGGUCAUGCAGUCCCCCACCGUCCCCCUUUACUUCAGCUCCCUCUCCCGCCGCCCUCCCGACCCUAGCUGACACCGAAGAAGACCCGGCCCCCCAGUUCUCGCCCCCGCCCACGUUACAAGUGCCACCAGCACACCCUGGUCUCACGCUCUCAGGCCUCAUGGGAUUGCCGCUGAAACCCCUGGGUGGCGAGGGGGCUCUGGGUCCUCCGGGAGAGGAGAGCCUAGAUCCUGGUGUUGUGGAAUUGCUGGGCAGCGGUGACGAGCGAACCACUGCUCUUAGAACUUCUCAACGGUUCUACUUGCGUUUGGUGCAGUGGCUGGGGCGCAAGCGGAGACCAGGGCGCACUCCACGCUCCGCCGAACAUCACCACAAGGUACAUUAUGGCCUCCGCCCUGAAGUCCCUCCACACGACAGUAAGACAGCACGUAAGAGAUUUGCUGACCUGCUGCGGCGUGCUGCCCGAGGAGGCUCGUGGGAGGAGGGAAGAACGUUGCUGCCUCAGCAGGAGAGUGGAUAUUCUUCUCCCAAUAUCUCGGCGCAGCACACUCCCACAGCCCACCACCGCCUCGUUAACCAAUCCAGCUUUAUGCGACGAUCACUCGAGCUUUCGCCGCAGCGUACAACGCCCUCCACUCGUCCCCGCAUGUCCUUGCCUGCCGACCACUUGCGGAGGACACUGGAUGGCCGCUUCUCUACUCAGGCGGCGGAGCGUCGGCGGCGGCUGUCCCGCGGCAAGACUAUCAGUCAGGACGAUGGCUUCCCUCCAGCCCCGCCCCAGACCCUCACCACGCCGCAGGAGGGUGGCUGUGGCGGCCGCUCUGCCACGCCCCUAGUGACGAGUGCCCGCAGGAUGUCUCGUCCGGGAUCCUCGAGCCGAGAGGAGAGCACCGGAGAGGAAAGUGGGUUCGAGGAGGAGGAGCCGGUUGAGGUGAGAGUGCCUCCAUUAGUUCUGGAGGAAAGGAGAGAUUCGGGAUCAUCCACGACCGCCGCUGCCGCCCACGAUCCUCUGGCGGAGUGGGCAAUUCCUUGGGAUCAGCUUCGUUUUGGCCACGUCCUACGCCGCGGGUCAACAACCAACAUAUACAGAGGCCGAUGGCACGGCGACGUCAUGAUCCACACUUUUGAUGGCACGCACGGAACAACCGAACGCCGCUUCUGGGAACUUGUGGCGAGCCUCUCUAUGAUUCGCCACGAGAACAUCGUGCUCUUUAUGGGUGCAAGUAUGGCGCCGCCCAACUUGGCCAUCGUGACGGGCGUGCGCCGUGGAAUGUCCCUCCAUCAGCACACCUCCUCCCGCGGCUCCAUUCCAUAUCCCUCCAGGGUCAACAUCGCCCGCCAGGUGGCUCAGGCCAUGUCGUACCUCCACUCCCGCGGGAUCAUCCAUGGUCGCCUCAAUUCGCGCAAUGUGUUCCUGGAGGCCAAGAUCAAGCUGUCCCUCCUCGAUCACAGCAUGGCGGAGUCCAGCCCGGUGGGGGAGCACACCGGCUACCUGGCUCAGGGUCUUCUCACCUACCUGCCUCCGGAGAUGAUGAGGACACUGCAGGUGGUCCCGCCGCACGUCACGGUGGCCGCCUCUCCCACUCAGCAGUCUGAUGUGUACAUGUACGGCACGCUGCUGUACGAGCUCUUCGCCGAGGCGCCACCCUUUGCCACUCAGCAUCCGCACGCUGUCAUUCUGCAGGUGGGGCGGCGAAGGCAGCCCAGCACCGAGGACCUGCAGUGUACUCAGAACCUGAAGACACUGAUCGGAGAGUGCUGGGACGCCGAGACUGCCCAGCGACCAGUCUUCCCCGAUAUUCUCCGGACACUGCAGCAGACACUCUCUCUCCACCGUGCCCACUCCACCUCGGAGCCGGAGAGACUCAACCGAAUGGGAGUCUCUGGCAGAAUAUCCUGCUGACAGGACCUGGGCCGGCCGCCGCCACCCCUCGGCCGCUCCCUCACUGAAGAGACUGUCAAAGACGACCUCCACGGAGAUUCCUUCCUCAAGCUGCCCUAGUUUCCCUCUUGAGUAACCUGGGCCGAGGAAGCUCCUAGUUCCUAGCGACUCCCAGACAUCAGGGUCUCCUGUGGUUCCUUGCGGCCCCUGGGGGCAGAGGCUUCUGGGAGCACCUGGGUGACUUUGGAGGUCCUUCAUGGAAUUCAUUUCACAAGACAGUCAGCAGGGAGCAGAGGAGAUGGCGGAGGUCAGCCCGAGUCAGCAGUACGGGUCAGGUCACUGAGACCUCACCAUCGUAUCAUCACCACCACCACCACCACCAAGCCCUCCAGACAGCACCGCCACCACCACCCUUCCUACCACCACCAUCACCGUUAUACAUAUCUUCCUUCGUCUCGUCAUUGUUGCCAAAGAAUAAAGUGACGACACCAAAGAUGGCCAGAGGUUCCGUGAGUGUAGUACCACUGGCGAAGGAACCGCCACGUCAGUGGCGCAUUCCCUUAGCCUCAACUUGAAGAAAAGUGGAAUAUUUGGUGAAAGUAUGUGAGUCUUGUUGUUUGAUAGAGAUUUGUACCAAUUAUCAUCUGAAUGUUCUAUUGUGUGUGUGUGUGUGUGUGUGUGUGUGUGUGUGUGUGUGUGUGUGUGUGUGUGUGUGCGUGCGCGUGUGUGCGUGCGCGCGCGAGCGAGCGCGUGAGUGAUGUGAGGUUAUUUUCACUUACCUGAAGGUGUACUUAAUCUCGUCUUCCACCUGCUCAGUCAUCCUCAUUAUUAUUAUUAUUAUCAUUAUCAUUAUUAUUAUUAUUAUUAUUAUUAUUAUUAUUAUUAUUACCAUCAUUAUUAUUGGUAAAGAUAUCGUAAAACCCCUACUACUACUAUUACCACCACCACCACCACCACCAAUAUUAUUAUUAUUAUUAUUAUUAUUAUUAUUAUUAUUAUUAUUACUAUUAUUAUUAUUAUCAUCGUUAUUAUUAUUAUUAUUAUUAUUAUUAUUAUUAUUAUUAUUAUUGUUCUUGUUAUCACCGUUAUUAUCCUUAUUAUUAUCUUUAUUACCACAUCCACCAUCAUCAUCAUUAUCAUCAUCACCAUCAGCAUCAUCACUAAUACCUCCACCACCGCCACUCCUACCCUCGGCGCCUCCAAGUAUUACUAAGGUUGUGAGCUGUCCAGACAAUUCUCCUCCUCAAGCUAAGUUAGCAGUCACGAUUCCACUGGUAUGGUACUUUUUGAAUUGAUUUAUGGAUUAGCGUGUGUGUGUGUGUGUGUGUGUGUGUGUGUGUGUGUUAAUACUCCAAAGUUUAUUCCAUGCGAUUCUCAAUUGUUCCAGUCAUCACUUAAACCCUCGCCUCGCCUGUACCAUUGUCUCGCUCGCCCCGCCCCGAGCCUCUCCCCAUGUACACAUUUGCCUCCCGUGUGUGUACGCAUCAGCCAAGAGAGUGAGAGGUGUACGUAUUCAGUGUUUGUCAGUGUGCGUGUGUAGAUGUUCGUGCUCGCCGCCGACUCGUCUGCUGAGUCCUACAAAUACUCACCAGGUGGAAGUCAGAUCGACAAUAAAUUAAUUCCUCCAGAAACACUCGGCCGGCCAAGACAGGACCGCCGGAUGUGAGCGUUACCCACCUUAACAAUAACAGUAAUAAUUUGACAAUCGACAACAACUAUACAGACAUUAUAUAUAUAUAUAUAUAUAUAUAUAUAUAUAUAUAUAUAUAUAUAUAUAUAUAUAUAUAUAUAUAUAUAUAUAUAUAUAUAUAUAUAUAUAUAUAUAUAUAUAUAUAUAUAUAUAUAUAUAUAUAUAUAUAAACUAUUCUACUCUCUGUUAUAAGAGAUAAAUAAUUGUUAUUUUUAUGACUUAUUUUCAUUGUUUGAUGUCGUGGUUUUAGCAACUUAGGGAUUUAGACUGUCAUCCUUCUAUCCUACUUCCUUGUACUAUUCUUUUCAUCUUUUCUUCCCACUGUUAUCACCGUAGGUCUCCAUCCUUUCUCUUUGCCUCCUAUUUCGGCAACCUUCACUCCAUCGCUCUUUUAUCGUCACCCGCCUUUUUUUUUUCUUUCUCUCCAUCCCUUGCAUCUUUCUUACGGCUUUAUCAUGUUUCUCCUUCUCCUUAUCCUCUUCCUCCUCCUCCUUUUCCUCUUCCUCCUCCUCCUCCCCAUUCUCAUAUGUCUACUUGUUUUCCAUCCCAGUAGGAGGAACGCCCUUCCCUUCAUGACCUAAAACUUUGAUUCCAAAAAGUGACAACACUGAAAAAGACUGAAAAAAAAAAAAAAAUUGGCCCUCAGUCUACGUACCCUCACAGUGCCGUGCUUGACUGUUCCCGUCUUCUCUUCCGAGGCCAAGUCCUCUUCACAAUAAUAAUAACAAUAAUAAUAAUAUUUAUUAUUAUAAUAAUAAUAAUAAUGAUAAUAAUAAUAAUGAUAAUAAUUAUAAUAAUGAUAAUGAUAAUAAUAAUAAUAAUAAUAAUAACAACAACAAUAAAAAUAAUACAAUGUUGAAAAGUGAUUGUAUAAAGCAUAUAUUUUCUUACUGUUGUGUAUAGUUGUACAUCUUUCCUUCUGCUUGUGUGUGUGUGUGUGUGUGUGUGUGUGUGUGUGUGUGUGUGUGUGUGUGUGUGAGAGAGAGAGAGAGAGAGAGAGAGAGAGAGAGAGAGAGAGAGAGAGAGAGAGAGAGAGAGAGCGGAGUUGCUAAUAAAAAUUUCUUCAAGUUAUCCAAACUUCAUCCCACAUUUAUAAGCUUUUACCCUCCUCCAUACCUUCUAUCCCCACCUCUCUCUCUCUCUCUCUCUCUCUCUCUCUCUCUCUCUCUCUCUCUCUCUCUCUCUCUCUCUCUCUCAACCCCCAGGCUGGUAUUUUUCUCCUAGGAUAAAGGAAGAAAGUCUGCUGUGGUGAGACUUACAUAAUGUUGGGCUGUGUAUUGUCAGCAUACGUACAUAUCCAUUAUCAUUUUUGUCUCCGUGUGUGUGUGUGUGUGUGUGUGUGUGUGUGUGUGUGUGUGUGUGUGUGUGUGUGUGUACGUACGAGCGCAAAGAUCCUCCCUGUGUAUGCCUUGUCAGCUGUUGAAUCCUCUGUAUUAAGACCAACAAUUAUAUAUUUUUCUAUGACCAAACUUUCCCCUUUGCCCUCCUCCCUCCCUCCCUCCUUCCCUCCCUCCUUCCCUCCCCCUUGAUGGCUGUUCUGAGGGCGACCGGCUGAUGAGUGUGAGCAGCUGUUGUGUUAGGGCAAGUGUUCUGGGGGAGCGUGCCAAGGUGUCCAUGUAUUGUAAUGACAAGUGUAAAGAAACAGAUGUGUGGUGAUGGUUUUCGUAAGCGUCGAAAAUCAGAAAAUGUUCUCGUAUAUUUGUAUGUAUUUCAUCCAGGUUAUAUUUGUCUUUUUUUUUUUGUCACUGCUUAUGCUAGAAAUAUAAAAUGGCAUGAUUUGAAGUUUUAUUAUAUUUAUAAAACAUUUACUUAUUUAUAAUUAUUUAUAAAUUUUAACCCAGCUUAUAUGAUGCGCGAUGAUCACAAAAAGAUUUAUUUCGUUCGAUUUAAUCUACUAAAAGUCACAAUGAGAUGGAUGACCCUUCAUGACAGCCGUGCCGCCCUUCCUCCCCUUCAUCCCUCCUUGCCUACCUACCUACCUCCGUCUUUGAGAAUAUGUCAAUAAAGUUGUAUUUUA